AUGUCGUCCCGCCGCCCCAUCUACAUCAACCCCAACACCAAAAACCAAAGCACCAACUAUCCCGACACAACCGCCCUCACAAAAUUCCACCGCUCGCUCUCCGGCUACAAACCAACCCCACUAACCCCUCUCCCAGCCCUCGCCCGCGAACUCGGCGUGCGCGCCGUGCUCGUGAAAGACGAAAGUAACCGCCUGGGCCUCCCCGCAUUCAAAGUCCUCGGCGCAUCAUGGGGCUGUUACCGCGCUGUCGCAGCAUAUCUAGAUCUACCGCUAACUGUCUCGCUGGAUGAAAUGGCAUCAAAAGCACAGGCGGGCGGCGUAACGCUUUUCGCGGCCACGAAGGGGAACCAUGGCCGUGCGGUGGCGUUUAUGGCGAGGACGCUUGGGGUUGCUUGUAAGAUCUAUGUAUCGGAGUCUAUGGACCAGGGUACCAGGGGGCGGAUUAGCGAGGAGGGGGCCCAGCUUACGGUGAUCAAGGGAGACUAUGACCAGGCUGUUCUGGAUGCUCUGAGGGAUUCGAGGAGAGUGCAGGGUGGAGCCGGGAUUCUGGUGCAGGAUACAGCGCUGGAUGGGUAUGAGGAGGUUCCGGGUUGGAUCGUGGAGGGGUAUGGGACUAUGAUGGGGGAGGUUGAGGAGCAGGUGUCUGAGAUGGGGCUGAGGGCGAGUGUUAUGGUUACGCCGGUGGGGGUUGGGAGUCUUGCGAAUACUGUCGCUACGUUUUGCAAGUCUAGAGAGGAGGCUAUCUCCGUCGUUGCUGCUGAGCCGGAUACGGCUGCUUGUUUGCAGGAGAGUUUGCUCAAGGGCGAGUUGACGUCGAUUGAGACGACCGGGACGAUUAUGGAUGGGAUGGACUGCGGGACUGUCUCUACGACGGCAUGGCCGAAUCUGAAGAGGCUGGUGGAUGCGAGUGUCACGGUGUCUUGCUACGAGAGUCACCGGGCCGUUGAGUAUCUGGCUUCGCAGGGCAUCGGUGCUGGCCCUUGUGGUGCGGCGUCGGUGGCAGCGUUGAGGCGUCUCGCAGCGGAAAGCUCUGAAUCACUGCUCAGUAAGGACUCGGUCGUUGUGCUGCUGAGUACUGAGGGUCCUCGCGACUAUCCUAUCCCGUUUGAUGUUUCAGCCGAGGGCGCCGUCGAGCUGACGAGCGUCCUGACCAAGAUCAACUCAUCCAACCCUACGCUCUCGUUAGCAGAUGGCGCUGGCAAGACUCAGAUCUGCAACUACCUGCAGGCCUGGUUCGCCCACCGCGGGAUUGAGUCGCACCGCGUUGAGCCUGUCCCCGGACGACCCUCCGUCAUCGGGGUGCUAAAGGGCACCGGUGGCGGGAAAUCACUGAUGUUCAACGGCCACAUCGACACCGUCAGCUUAGCAAGCUACGAGAAAGACGCACUCUCAGGCACAAUCGAUAAGCGAGACGGCAAAGAGGUAGUCCUCGGCCGAGGUAGCUUGGACAUGAAGAGCGGACUUGCCACUGCCCUGGCGGCCAUGGCAUCUGCCAAAGCCAGUUGCUCCCCUCUGCGUGGUGAUGUGAUAAUCGCCGCUGUUUCAGACGAGGAGGAUGCGUCGCAGGGAACCCGGGAUAUACUGGCUGCAGGAUGGAGGGCAGACGCCGCUGUGAUCCCCGAGCCGACGACAGAGAUCAUUGCGCAUGCGCACAAGGGGUUCGUAUGGGUUGAGGUGGAUAUCCUCGGUGUAGCUGCUCACGGCUCCAACCAUCUUGGAGGCGUUGAUGCAAUUCUGCAUGCUGGCUGGUUCCUGCGAUCACUGGAGGAGUACGGCCAGCGACUCCCCGUUGACGAUGUUCUGGGUCCAGCGACGAUGCACUGCGGUCUGAUUCAGGGCGGAGAAGAAGCAUCCUCGUACCCCGCAAAAUGCACAAUCACUGUUGAAUUCCGCACAGUCCCCAGCCAAACAGAGGAGUCGAUCGUGCAUGACAUCCAGUCCUUGCUAGAGGAUAUCCAGAAAGGAAAUUCCAAGUUUGGAUUCGCCGAACCCCGGGCGACAUUGUGUCGACCGGCCCACAAAAUCAGCGCCGACCAUCCCCUGAUUAGCCAGGUGGCUGAGUGUGCAGCAUCAGCUAUGGGGAGUCGUCCUUCAGUCGAGAGCGUUCCGUUCUGGUGUGAUGCUGCUCUGCUGAGCCAAGCUGGGAUCCCGUCUGUUGUGUUUGGGCCAUCUGGACAUGGACUGCAUGGGAAGGAGGAGUACGUGGAAGUGAAGAGUGUACAACGUUUGGAGGAAACAUUCAUCAGCUUGGACAUGGAUGACUGGGUGGUGCCUAAUGAUACUGAUACCGGCUUCCUGCAGUAUCCCCAUACGGAGGAUCAACGUGGGGUAGAUGCGCCUCCGACGGGGUCAUGGCCGGUCGAGGAGGAUAUUUUUUUUGACUGGGACACAUUAUACGGCAUACGGGAUCAAGAUACUUCAAACUCCCAGGUGGACCGGACACCGUGGUUGACACUCGACUUUCUACACACCACGGAGCCAUCCUUACCCCCGCUAUCAGGCGGGGAGCGAGCCUUCAAUGAACCGGAAAUCAACGAACCAGAUAUCCUCGGCCGGACACAACCUGGAAAUGCGCCCGUUGUGUCUGAGAGGUUCAAUGAUGUCGCCGAGUGGUUAGACGGGGCAUACCGUCCGCCGAACCCGUGCGACAACUGCCGCAGACAUCGCUUCCAAUGUCUGAUCUUGCGGCGGACAGCUGAUAACCCGAACCCGGUGCCGUCAUGCUCCAGCUGCGUUGGACUGUUCCGACCAUGCAGCUUUUCCCGACCAGGGGAGAAGCGCCAGCCGUGUGGGUUCGAGACACUGUCUCCAGUUCUAGGCCACCUCCACGGCGUGAUUGAAGAAGGGGACGAAGGCGAAGACGGCCCGCGCAGAGUCGACGCGAAAGAAACGAAGCAGUUCGUCCGCAAAGGAGCGCGUGUACUACGGGAGUGGUUUUAUCAGAACGAGCACUGCCCGUAUCCGUCAGAAGAGGAAAAGGCUCGCCUCUCCCAGGAAACGGGCUUCUCGAGACAGAGGAUAUCGACCUGGUUUGCGAAUGCCCGGCGGCGGCAUAAGCAGCAGCGGCAGGCUGGGUCAUCGACCCGGCUAUACCGUGCUGGAUCGCCGAUGCCGACGAGUGAUGUGACAUCGAUGACUCCGAUGGAGCGCUGGCAGGCGUCGCCGCCUGACGAGGAGCCCGUGCCUGAGGCUGUGAUCAGGGAAGCUAUAGCGUCUACAUCUACGACUUCGGAUGCGUCUCGCCCGCAGAGCCAGGUGGGUACACCAUCCACCGACCUCUCGUCUAUUUGCGAAGGGUCCUCACUCGCAUCGUCACUAUCAAGCUUUGGUAUCCCGCCAUCGAAUGCCUCGGAUAGUAGUUCGUCUGCGUGGAGUUUCCAAUCAGGGGAUGGACCACUCCGCUCGCGGCCAUAUCAUAGACGACCAUCAUCUGGGCGAAGAGGAGGUCGAAGGCGAGUUGCAGAAGAUGGCCAUUACCAGUGCACGUUUUGUACGCAGUCGUUUAAGAAAAAGCACGACUGGUCGAGACACGAGAAGAGCGUCCAUCUCCCACUGGAUGUCUGGAUCUGCACGCCGAGCCUCAGCGAACUAGAAGAUGGGAACAUGCCCUUCGCAGAAUGUAGAUUCUGUGAUCACCAACAACCCACACGAGAGCACUGGGAGAGUCACGACUUCCGCGAAUGCGCUACCAAACCUCUCCCCGAGCGGUCCUUCAGUCGCAAGGACUAUCUCUGGCAGCAUCUGCGCAAGUUCCACGGAUGCACGCGGUAUCCAAUCUCAAACCUCGAUUCCUGGAGGUCCGCACAGAAAGAAAUCCAAAGUCGCUGUGGGUUCUGUUCGUCGCCAUUGCCUAGCUGGGCGGCACGGGCAGACCAUUUGGCGACGCAUUUUAAAGACGGCUGCCGGAUGUCGCAAUGGGUUGGUGACUGGGGAUUUGAACCGACAGUUCUUGCGCGUCUACGAAAUGCAGUUUUACCGAUCCAACGCGGUCUUCUAGAUAUGGCAGCGACAUGA